GCCGCCCCCCGCCCUCCGCCGCCUCCGCCGCCGCCGUUCUGCCGCUGCUCGCCCUCUUCAUGGCCGGAGCUCCCGGCGGGGUUCGCGCUCUGACCUGUCUGUGCUCUGACUGCAAGCAAGCCAACUCCACCUGCGAGACGGACGGCGCCUGCAUGGUGUCUGUCUUCAACCUGGAUGGGGUGAAGCACCACGUGAGGACCUGCAUCCCCGAAGCCAAACUGAUCCCAGCUGGGAAACCCUUCUACUGCCUGAGCUCCGAGGAUCUGCGGAACACCCACUGCUGCUACUCUGAUUUCUGCAACAAGAUCGAUUUAAUGGUUCCCAGCGGGCACCUGAAGGACAACGAGCCCCCGUCGAGCUGGGGUCCGGUGGAGCUGGUGGCAGUGAUUGCUGGGCCCGUCUUCCUCGUCUUCGUCGUCGUCAUCAUCGUCGUCUUCGUGUUUCAUCACCACCAGCGCGUCUACCACAACCGGCAGCGCCUGGACAUGGAGGACCCCUCUUGUGAAAUGUGCCUCUCCAAGGACAAGACGCUGCAGGAUCUCGUCUACGAUCUCUCCACCUCCGGCUCCGGCUCAGGUUUGCCACUUUUUGUCCAGCGGACCGUGGCUCGGACGAUCGUCCUGCAGGAGAUCAUUGGGAAGGGCCGCUUUGGGGAGGUGUGGCGCGGCCGGUGGCGCGGAGGCGACGUGGCUGUGAAGAUCUUCUCUUCCCGUGAGGAACGCUCCUGGUUCAGGGAAGCAGAAAUCUACCAAACCGUUAUGCUGCGGCACGAGAACAUCCUGGGCUUCAUUGCUGCAGACAACAAAGACAACGGGACGUGGACGCAGCUGUGGCUCGUGUCCGAUUACCACGAGCACGGGUCCCUCUUCGACUACCUGAACCGUUACACGGUGACCAUAGAGGGGAUGAUCAAGCUCGCUCUGUCUGCUGCCAGCGGGCUGGCCCACCUGCACAUGGAGAUCGUGGGUACUCAAGGAAAGCCUGGGAUUGCUCACAGAGACCUGAAAUCCAAGAACAUCCUGGUGAAGAAGAAUGGCACGUGUGCCAUCGCUGACCUGGGGCUCGCCGUGCGCCACGACUCCGUCACGGACACCAUUGACAUCGCCCCGAACCAAAGGGUUGGAACCAAACGGUACGGGAGCACCGUUCCCAUGCCUGAGGCAGCGCCUUCCACCCUCCCCGAGCCCCAUGGCCUCACUUUGUGCUGCCAGGGAUGCCACACAUCCCCCCUUUUCCCCUCUUCUCCCCCUCCCUCAGGGAUCCACGAGGAAUACCAGCUGCCAUACUACGACCUGGUGCCCUCUGACCCUUCCAUCGAGGAGAUGAGGAAGGUGGUGUGCGAGCAGAAGCUGCGGCCGAACAUCCCCAACUGGUGGCAGAGCUACGAGGCUCUGCGGGUGAUGGGUAAAAUGAUGAGGGAGUGUUGGUACGCCAACGGAGCGGCUCGCCUCACCGCCCUGCGCAUUAAGAAAACCCUCUCACAGCUCAGCGUCCAGGAAGAUGUGAAAAUCUAAUUGCUGAGCGGGAGGAAACUGCACCGAGCUGCCAUGCUAGAGUAGGUGUGUGAUGGAGGCCUACCUCGUGUUUCUGCCCAAUCUACUGCUACCAACCAGACCUGCUGGCUGCGGGGACGGAGCCGCGCCGCGCUCCGCUCCCUCCUCUCGGGUAUGAAACAAUCAGAAACCUUUGGACGAUCACCUCCUGCCAGCGUGAGGAGCUGAGAGGGACUCUGAAGGAUCUCAGCCACGCUCACGUCUCUCGUUUCCUGAUGGAAAUCCUUGUAAAGUUGAGGCCGUGCUGGAGGCCGAGCGGUGGCAAAGGGAAGCUUUCCAGGAGGCUGCGGCACAUCCGAAGCCCUGCAAAAAAACCAAUGGUGCUCCCAAACGAGAGGCUGAGCCGUCCGUCAGCUUCACCAGACCAUCUCCCUCCUUAAGCUUGAAACAAAAGACGACAAAAAGACCCCCGACCCCAUUUAAACCUCCCCAGCCCUCCUCCAAAACCCAUCCGGAGCGGCUGCCGGUGCGCAGCGGUGCAUGCCUGCGUCCCCGCGCUGCUGCUCCCCUCCAGCUCCAUCCGUGCUCUGUGUGCAUGUGCAAACCUGGUGUCCUCGUGGAGCUGUGCUGGUGCUCUCCUCAUCCUCAGUGAGCGUUGUUCUCCCUGGGGGGGUCGGGGCUGCUUCCCACCAGACCCCCCCCCCUCCAUCCCCAUCCCAAGGUUCCGGCUAUAGGAACUCCCGCCGGGUGCCUCACUGC